AGGGGCGGGGCUUCGCAGAAACCGGAAGUAGCUCCUGACGGGCACUCUGAGUAGUUCCGAUGACUGUCCACAACCUGUACCUGUUUGAUCGGAAUGGAGUGUGUCUGCACUACAGCGAAUGGCACCGCAAGAAGCAAGCAGGGAUCCCCAAAGAGGAGGAGUACAAGCUGAUGUACGGAAUGCUCUUCUCUAUUCGCUCGUUUGUCAGCAAGAUGUCCCCGCUGGACAUGAAGGACGGCUUCUUGGCCUUCCAAACUAGCCGUUACAAACUCCAUUACUACGAGACACCCACUGGGAUCAAGGUUGUCAUGAAUACUGACUUGGGCGUGGGAUCCAUCCGAGAUGUGCUGCACCACAUCUACAGUGCGUUGUAUGUAGAGCUGGUGGUGAAGAACCCCCUGUGUCCUCUGGGCCAAACUGUGCAAAGUGAGCUCUUCCGCUCCCGACUGGACUCCUACAUCCGCUCUCUGCCCUUCUUCUCCACUCGGGCUGGCUGAAGCACUCUACCUCAUCCCUGGAGAGAAUUCAUGUCUAUCUGGGGUCCUUCCUAAACUCUGCCACCUGAGGGGCCUCACUGUAAACCCCUACACUGCCCCUCUCUUAGGCCAGCAGCCUAAAGACCCACCCUGGUGCUCUUGGAAUCACCAGAAUGAAAACCCCAGGAGUCCCUCCACCUCCAAAUUAGGCCCUCUCCAGUUUCAUCCCACCUGACACUGCGAGAAGCACAAAAUAAACUUUUUUUCACCCUCUGC